AUGGCUGGGGCGGGCGGGGCGCGGACCGGCAAGCCAAGGAGCGGGCGGCAGACAAGUGACUCCAACGACCUCCACACGAGGAGUCAUUUUCCAGAUGUGCGUUCCAAACAGGAGUAUGAUGAAAGCCAUGUGAUUACAGCCCUUCGAGUGAAGAAGAGGGCGGAUACAUAUCUUAUCCCCGAGUCUGUGGACCUGGAGUGUGUGAAGCACUGUGUGGUGUACGACAACAACACCAGCGACCUGGAGAUAAUCCUAAAAGAUGACGACAGCUCUGACAAUAGUGGAGAAGGUUUUCCAAAUGGAACUGGGAAGAUUUCGUUUGGCUGCAGCCAGCUGAGCAUCCUGGGUGAGGUCAUCCUAAGCUCUGGAAACGCUUUGGGUCACAUCUGCAAGGAGAGGGUCCGCCUGCAGGAACUGGAUGAAUUUCAGCCAUACCCUGUUGAAAUAGUGCCAGGCAAGAUCUACCUGGGCAACUUCCGGCAAGCCUGUGACCCUAAAAUCCAGAAAGAUUUGAAAAUCAAAGCACAUGUCAACGUCUCCAUGGAGACAGGGCCAUUUUUCCUAGGCGAUGCAGACAAGCUCCUGCACAUCCAGAUAGAAGACUCCCUGGAGGCUAAGAUCUCCCCCUUUUUGCGCCAUAUCUGUCACUUCAUUGAGAUCCACCUCCAGCUUGGCUCUGUCAUCCUGGUAUUUUCCACCCUGGGCAUCAGUCGCAGCUGUGCAGCCAUCUUGGCCUACCUUAUGCACCAGAAUGAGCAGAGCUUAAAGAGGUCCUGGGCCUACGUCAAGAAGUGCAAAAACAACAUGCAUCCAAAUCGGGGCUUGGUGAUCCAGCUGUUGGCAUGGGAGAAGAUUGUCCUCGGAGACUUUAUCACAGAUAUCUCGGAUCCACUCUACUGAUCUCUGUGGCCCAGCUAUGGGUCCUGAAAAACCUUGCUUGGGCGCUUCUUGUGGCUAGUGGGCCAAGGUGUGUAGCCAGGUUGCUGUGGAAAAAGGUCUUUGCUACCUGGAGCCUCUUGUCAGCCUCCUACAUUGGUUCUUCCCAGGUUCCUUGUUCACGCCACAUAGCAGAUGCACUCUGCUCAGACUUAGUGAGAACCCCCAUUCCUGGAUCACCCCCACUGCACUCCUGACGCUGCUUCUGAAAGAGCAUCUGGCUGCCAGAGCAACUGCCCCACAUGCACCCCCAUGACUUGAAUCCUUUGAAGGUUGCCUGGGGGGAGCUCCAGGGGUUUUGCUGUCUGUGUUGGUUCACAGGGGGUGUCACAAUACCCACCAGUGGGUGGAGAUCCCCCAGUCCUAGAGGUGCCAGGCCCAGGCCCCAGGCUCCACAGCUCUAAGAGGCCUCUGGCACAGGGUACACCUGUGCCUCAUCCCCAGUCCCAGCAUUCCCCACCACUCCACUGGUUUACUGCUUGUACCGAUUUCCUUUCUGUUUUCCCACUCAUUUCUGCAUGGCUGUGUUUACCAAGAGGAGAUUCCUACCCCUUCCAUCCCCCACACCCAAGUGUCUAGAAAUUCCUCAGGUCUUAAAGGGGGUUUUCCACAGAAUGUGCUUUGGAGCUCUGGCAGUGCCUGCAGAACAAGUCUGAAGUCAGGAGAGGGCACAGACAAGGGGACUGAUGGGGAAUUUAGGAUGUCCAUCAAUGUUCAUUCAGCAAAUAUUCCUGGGCCACCUGGGCAGGGCUGGGGACAUAGAGAUGAACACCAUUUUACCUCCUAGGACUUUCUGCAGAGGGUUGGAGGUCUCUCCUACCCCAAACGGAAGCCCAAGACCUCCAGGAGUGGGGAUUUGUCGGAGGAGUAAGGGCUUUUCAGGCAACGCAGGCUUUAGUCAGGAUCUGAGCUGGAAAUGAGCCUGGGAUGGCUGCAGAGCCAUGGCUCUGUCCGUUAGGGACUUCCUGGUAGGCAGGGCAGAACCACUGGGAAGUUUUCAGUGGGGACAUGGUGGGGAUUAGCCUCAUAUUUUAGGAAGGGCAGUCUGGUAGCUGUGUGAAGGGACAGUAUCAGUGAGCUAAAGGCAGGGAGACAGUAAGGAGACUGCUGUAAAUAUGGAGAGGAGGUUCGGAAUCCCCUCUCCGCUGAGGUACAUCUUCCCAAAGAUGAAAGUGUUUGAAGCAAGUGUCACCUCCCUGGGCCUUGGUUUACUCCCAGCAUGAUGAUCCAGGUCACACUGCUGGCUGCACCACGCGAUUGGCACCACCAGUGGAGCCCAGCGAGGGUCCGCUGCCGCCCCAGCCCUAGUCCAGGCCGGGAGUCGCGGGGCUAGCUGUGC